GCCCACCAUGGCCGCCCAGGGCGAGCCCGGCUACCUGGCAGCGCCGUCGGACCCCGGCUCCAACAGCGAGCGCAGCGCCGACUCGCCCGUGCCCGGCUCCGAGGACGACCUGGGCGCCGGCGCGCCGCUGCUCAGCCCCGAGUGGAGCGAGGAGCGCUUCCGCGUGGACCGAAAGAAGCUCGAGGCCAUGCUGCAAGCUGCAGCUGAAGGAAAAGGCAGAAGUGGGGAAGACUUUUUUCAGAAGAUCAUGGAGGAAACAAAUACGCAGAUUGCUUGGCCGUCCAAGCUAAAGAUUGGAGCCAAAUCCAAGAAAGAUCCCCAUAUUAAGGUUUCUGGAAGGAAAGAAGAUGUUAAGGAAGCCAAGGAAAUGAUCAUGUCUGUCUUAGACACCAAAAGCAACCGCGUCACACUGAAGAUGGAUGUUUCCCACACAGAGCACUCGCAUGUCAUCGGCAAAGGCGGCAACAAUAUUAAAAAGGUCAUGGAAGAAACGCGGUGCCACAUCCACUUUCCAGACUCCAACCGAAAUAACCAAGCAGAAAAAAGCAACCAGGUGUCUAUAGCAGGACAACCAGCAGGAGUAGAAUCUGCCCGAGUUAGAAUUCGGGAGCUGCUUCCUUUGGUGCUGAUGUUCGAGUUACCAAUUGCUGGAAUUCUCCAACCAGUGCCCGAUCCCAAUUCCCCCUCUAUUCAGCACAUAUCCCAGACCUACAACAUUUCAGUGUCAUUUAAGCAGCGUUCCCGCCUGUAUGGUGCUACUGUCAUAGUCCGAGGGUCUCAGAAUAACACCAGUGCUGUGAAGGAAGGAGCCGCCAUGCUGCUGGAGCACCUCGCGGGGAGCUUGGCCUCCGCCAUCCCCGUGAGCACGCAGCUGGACAUCGCGGCGCAGCAUCACCUCUUCAUGAUGGGGCGGAACGGGAGCAACAUCAAGCACAUCAUGCAGCGCACAGGUGCUCAGAUCCACUUUCCCGAUCCCAGCAGUCCACAGAAGAAAUCCACCGUCUACCUCCAGGGCACCAUUGAGUCUGUCUGCCUUGCAAGGCAAUAUCUCAUGGGCUGUCUUCCUCUUGUGUUGAUGUUUGAUAUGAAGGAAGAAAUUGAAGUAGAUCCGCAAUUCAUCACGCAGCUGAUGGAGCACCUGGAUGUCUUCAUCAGUAUUAAGCCAAAGCCAAAGCAGCCAAGCAAGUCUGUGAUUGUGAAAAGUGUUGAACGAAAUGCCUUAAAUAUGUAUGAAGCAAGGAAAUGUCUCCUCGGACUUGAAAGCAGUGGGGUUCCCAUAGCAACCAGCCCAUCCCCACCAUCAUGCCCUGCCGGCCUGGCAUGUCCCAGCCUGGAUAUCUUAGCCUCUGCAGGCCUCGGACUCACUGGACUAGGUCUCUUGGGGCCCACCACCUUAUCGCUCAACACGUCACCAACCCCCAACUCACUCUUGAACGCACUGAAUAGCUCAGUGAGCCCUCUGCAAAGCCCGAGUUCUGGAACCCCCAGCCCCACCUUAUGGGCCCCACCACUCGCUAAUGCUUCAGGUGCCACAGGUUUUUCUCCUAUUCCACACCUUAUGAUUCCAUCUACUGCCCAAGCCACACUGACCAAUAUCCUGUUGUCGGGCGUGCCCACUUAUGGGCACACAGCGCCAUCUCCCCCUCCUGGCUUGACUCCUGUAGAUGCCCAUGUCAACAGUGUGCAAACAGAGGGCAAGAAGACCUCUGCCUCUUUAAGUGGACGUGCGCAGUCUCCAAAUAUCAAAUAUGGUGCAAUAUCCACUACAUCACUUGGAGAAAAAGUGCUAGGUACCAAUCAUGGCGAUCCAUCCAUCCAGACGACCGGGUCGGAGCAGGCUUCUCCCAAAUCCCGCCCUACAGAAGGUCAGGGACUGCAGCUUUCCUCCUUGGUGACAGUCUGCUACUUGGGGUGUAAUGAUGCCUUUGUGGAGGUCGGCAUGCCUCGAAGUCCCUCCCAUUCUGGAAAUGCUGCUGACUUGAAGCAGAUGCUGGGUCCCCCCAAAGUGCCCUGCACCAAGAGGCAGACGGUAGAGCUGCUGCAAGGCACGAAAAACUCACACUUACACAGCACGGACAGGCUGCUCUCGGAGCCUGAGCUGAGCGCUACCGAAAGCCCGCUGGCCGACAAGAAGGCACCAGGGAGCGAGCGCGCUGCGGAGAGGGCUGCAGCCGCCCAGCAGAACUCGGAAAGGGCCCGCCUGGGCCCACGACCGUCAUAUGUCAACAUGCAGGCAUUUGACUAUGAACAAAAGAAGUUAUUAGCAACCAAAGCUAUGUUAAAGAAACCAGUGGUGACGGAGGUCAGAACACCUACAAACACCUGGAGUGGCCUAGGGUUCUCUAAGUCCAUGCCAGCUGAGACGAUCAAGGAGCUGCGAAGAGCCAACCACGUGUCCUAUAAGCCCACCAUGACGACAACAUACGAGGGCUCAUCCAUGUCCCUGUCACGGUCCAACAGUCGUGAGCACUUGGGAAGUGGAAGUGAGUCUGACAAUUGGAGAGACCGAAACGGAAUAGGACCCGCAAGUCCCAAUGACUUCGCAGCUUCUGUCGGCAGCCCCAAGCGCAAACAGAACAGAUCAACGGAGCAGUAUCUCAGCAGCAGCAAUUACAUGGACUGCAUCUCCUCACUGACGGGAAGCAAUGGCUGUAACUUGAACAGCUCUUUCAAGGGCUCGGAUCUCCCGGAGCUCUUCAGCAAGCUCGGCCUGGGCAAAUACACAGACGUCUUCCAGCAACAAGAGAUCGACCUUCAGACGUUCCUCACUCUCACAGACCAGGAUCUGAAGGAGCUGGGCAUUGCCACUUUUGGUGCCAGAAGGAAAAUGCUGCUUGCCAUCUCAGAACUAAAUAAAAACCGAAGAAAGCUUUUCGAACCACCAAAUGCACGUGCCUCUUUCCUGGAAGGUGGAGUGAGCGGGAGGCUUCCCCGCCAGUAUCACUCAGACAUUGCCAGCGUCAGUGGGCGCUGGUAACAGGGCCCUCCAGGCACACGGCCACCUCUGAUCACCGCCACCGUCCGCGGCACUCCAGGGUCUGUACUGGGACCAACGCAUCUGCUCACGUCUGCGCUCUGUGGGGGAAGGAUGGCAGCCGAGAAGACGCUCCCUGCACUGCUGCACAGAGUGCUGCUUGUGGAUUACUUUUUAAAAUGGCAUUUGGACAGAAUUUACAGUACAAGCAUAGGGCUUUAUUUCUUUUUAAAAACCUAUAUAACAUAUGCACUGAUUUUUAUUUUAUUUUUUUUUCACUGAAAAUGAAGGAUAAAUUAACAUCUGGGAUGCCAGAAAACGUAGAAGUUGUUUUUUGGUUUGUUUUUUUUGGUAUUGGGGAAUACAAAAAAAUAAUAAUAAUCAACAUGGAAUUUCUGGUACUGCUUUAUAAGAAUUAUGGAGGUCUCUCAGCACUUUACAUGUUCUGAUUCUUGUCCUGUGGAGGUUCUCUUUUUCUCUUCUUCUUUCUUUCCAUUUCAUAUCGGUACAGUUCAGAUUUGUUCACAUUUUUCUGGCUAAGUCCAGCCUCUUUUUGACAUGGUACUGGAUACUAGAUUCUCUGCAGACUGCCCUGUGACUUCGGGAAAUGUGCGUGCACUCGGUGACGACCGGUUCUCGGCAUUCGCGUCAGCAUCCUAGGGACACUCACGGUGAGCCGCGCUCACGGUGCCAGGUGCAAGACAGACCAGACGGAGUUUGCAAUAUUAACCCUUUGCAGGCAUCAUAUUUAGCUGCUGCCUAUAUCGCUGAAGUGAUUUUAAUGGUUGUUUGAAGGCAAAGGGCUGUUUUUAUUUAGUAUACUGCCACUAAAGGACAUUUAUUUAUAUCAAACUUUUAUUUUUAGAUAUUAUAAGCAUACAGUACAUAAUUGAUGAAAUUGAUAUGCUAGAGAUUUAUGGUAGAGAAUGGAUGGCAUUUAAUAACUGGAGCCCUAGAUUGUCACUUUAUUUAAGAAGAUAAAUAACCAUCUGACAAGACAGCACUGUUGCCAUCUUGAAAAGGAAAACAUUAUGUCCUUACGGUGUACACAUUCACUGUGCUCCGUGUGGGCACAGGACUUUCUGAAAUUGCUUCCUGUAGGAUUGAGAACAGAAAGGCUAUGUAAGUCUCCAGGGUGACAGUUUUUAUAUAAAGAUAGCUGAAUUCUGAAGGGAAAAGCGAGACCAUUUUCUAAGUGGCUGGAUUUAUUAUUACAAUCAUACUGUGAAAGUACAAGAAAUCAGGCAACAUCGUCUCCUGAGUCUCUUCAGAUAUCUUAUUGUGGAUUUAUGAAGGUUUUCGGUCAGUGAAGAAAAUCACCAAAAUGUCUUUCUUUAUUCAAAGUAAUAAUAUUAUUUCCAAGUAUAUUAAAUUGCUGGAAAGUUUUCCCAUAGGAAAUGUUCUCAAUUACCUGUAAUGGCUUAUUUAUAUUUAGUAUCCAAGACUUUCUUUGUCGACAUAAACCACUGUCACGUGCUCUUCAUAGAAGGCAUUAGAUAAACUUACAGACAUUGGGAACGUACACAGUAAGAGCAAGAAUUGAAGAUGUAUUUUGCACAUAGAACAAAUGUUCACUUUAAAAAAUGAACCUUGGUCACCUUGAAGGCGUAGACGAUGCACCUAUGUAACAUGAGCUCAAUCUCAUCUGCCUUGGAGCGUAGAACCCAAUCGCUCCCUGGGCGCGUGGAGUGCCGCCUUCCUGUGCGCGUGCACAG